CCUCCGAACCGAACACGUACAAUGAAGCUUUUACUCGUCCUUUGCUCGCUAGGAGCGCUACUGCAAGCGUCGAUUGCCACACACGACAUCAACGUACCGGUGCUAGUACCGGUGCCCCACAUCAAGAAGGUCCCGAUCGGCAUCCCCAAGAUUGAGCGCACCAAGGGCGAAAUCAUCAAGCACGUGCCGGAAGCGAUCAUCAAGCGCGUACCCGUGGAGAAGCACGUUGAGGUGGAGAAAGAGGUCGAGGUGGUAAAGCAUGUGCCCGUGACGAAGGAGGUCGUCGUUGAGCGUCCGGUAGAGGUUAUUCGCGAAGUGCCGAUCGAGAAGGUGGUGAUCGAAAAGGUAGAAGUUCCGUACGAGGUGAUCAAGCACGUGGAAAAGAUCAAGCACAUCCCGGUCGAGAAGCACAUCGAGGUAAUCAAGGAGGUGGAAGAGAUCCGUGAGGUGCCGUACAAGCGUUACGUGUUCAACAAGAAGCCCUUCCCGGUGCCGUACAACGAACCAGAAGAGGUGCAAGUCCCAUACACUGUGCCAGCACCGGUAGCACCGGUUGUUGCUGUCGUUGAACCGGCGGAACCGACGCUUAAGGAGAAGUUCCACAACUUGCUACCACAGGCAGGUAGCUAUCUGCCUGAUCCGGUAGGAUUUUUCAAAAAAAUGGUGAACCAUUAAAGACACGCCACUAAUGGUGUG